GUUUUCCACAUAAAAGAUUUAAGCUACCUACCUCUCAUUUACGUAUAUAUACCGACGAAAGUUUUAUUUCCGACGGCAUUUCGCAAAUGAUAAAAUACAUUUUUCAAAAGCUCAAAGCAUGCGCUACAUAAGCUACAUCAGAGAUGUCCCGUAAUUUAGCAAGUGGUGCAACCAGAAAUGCGAAUAAUACUACAAAAAAUGUGAGAGUUAAUAACCAGCAAAAACGUAUGGCAGGACAGAAAUAUCAAGGUUUAUCUAAAGGAAAUAUGAGCUAUAGAAAGCCCACAAAAAUGAAAGAUGCGUGUAAGUCGAAGUUCUGUGAGAAAAGUUCCAUUCGAUUUUGCUCCCAUUUUACCGAAGAUACUCGUAAAGAAAUUUUUGACUCGUUCUGGAUAAUGUCGUGGGAUGAAAAAAAAUUAUAUGUAACAAACCUCAUUGAAUGUUCCAAAACACAACGUGUAACUGUUGAAAAUUCCAAACGCUCCAACACUAAAUAUUAUUUUCUAAAGCGCAAUACAAAUCGAAUGCAAGUUUGUCGGCAAAUGUUUCUAUCAACUUUGGGCUUAUCAGAAAAAAUGGUACGUUGUUGGACCCAAUCCAGUGGCUUACAUUGCACCCAAAAGAGUCUAAAAACGCAAAAUUCUGAUCAAAAUAAAGAAAGAUUACACUAUAAGAAAAGAUGUAGCUACGUACAAAACUGGUUAGAAGAUUUACCAAAGUUGGAGUCGCACUAUCGUCGCAAAUAUACAACAAAAAUAUAUUUUGAAGCAGAUUUCAAAACAUACAGACAGAUUUAUGAACUUUAUUCUUAAUCAUGCGAAGAACAUAAAAACAAUGAUAUUGCUCGAGUAUCAUUUCCAAUUUUUAUGAAUGUUUUUAAAUCAAGCAAUUACUCGUUAUUUAAACCACGAAAUGACCAGUUUUAAAUCAAACAACUUGUCACAGGAUAUAUUUGACAUUCACCGAAAUGAAAUUGAAAGGAUGCGAAAUGAGAAGCAAAAUGAUAUCGCAAAUGCCAAAUUAGGUGCAUUUCUACUAUUUUGCAUAGAUAUGGAGGCAGUUAAACUUUUACCACAGUCCAACGCCAGCUCCUCUUAUUAUAAAAUGAAACUUCAAGUUCACAACUUCACUAUAUACAAUGUUAUAAGUCACGAGUCUGAUAAUUACGUUUGGGAUGAAACCGAAGGAACUCUUGUCUCAGCAACGUUUACAACAAUUGUUUUAAAACAUUUAAAAACCCAACUUUUGAAACAUCCUCACAUUCACCACAUAGUUAUCUACUCUGAUGGUUGUUCUUACCAAAACAGAAAUGGAAAAAGACAUUACCAUAGAACACAAAUACUUAGUAGUAGGUCACACGCAAAUGGAAUGCGAUUCCACUCAUUCUCUUAUUGAGAGACGAAUCAAAAAUAAACAAAUACAUUUGCCAUUUCAACUAGUAGAAUCAAUAAGAGCAGCCCGGAAAAAUCCUAUGCCUCUACAAGUUCACCACUUAAACUACAAAUAUUUCCUCGAUUACGAGUCUGUUCCAAUGAGGUAUUCAUCUAUUAGACCAGGAAGAAAAACAGGAGACCCUACUGUCAAUAAGGCAGGUACAUCAACUGGUGAAAUCGAUGCUUUUGCACAUGAUCAGAUAAUUUCUGCAGGAGGCUACCCAUCUCCUUUUCGUUAUGCUGGAUUUCCAAAAUCUGUAUGCACGUCAGUUAACAAUGUGGCUUGCCAUGGAAUACCGAACGAAAGACAAUUGGUCGAUGGAGACAUAAUAAAUGUUGACAUCACCGUAUAUUUGAAUGGCUGUCAUGGAGAUUGCUCUAAAACAUUUCUAGUGGGAAACGUUGACGAUUUGGGAGUAUAUUUGGUAAAGUCAGCAGAGGAAUGUGUACAGCAUUGCAUUAAUAUAUGUAAACCUGGAACCCCAUUUAAUGCAAUCGGCAGAUAUAUAACAGACUUCUGCAAUAUAAAAAAAUUGAAUGUGAUACCAGCAUUUGCUGGCCAUGGACUUGGGAAAUCAUUUCAUGAACCACCGGAAAUAUUGCAUUAUUAUAAUUCUGAACCUGGCUUUAUGCGUACAGGAAUGGUAUUUACAAUUGAGCCCAUACUUAGUCUUGGUAAGCCCAACGUAAAUGUAAUGGAAGAUGGCUGGACCGCAGUUUCUGUCGACGGUAUGCGAAGCGCACAAUUUGAACACACUAUUCUUAUAACACAAAAUGGGAGUGAGGCGUUGACAGAAAUAAAUUAAUUACAAACGAGAUAUCUAAUCCAAAUAUAUAACUGGCUCAAGCCUCGAGAUUCA